AUGAGCACUUGUAUUCCUGAGAGUGCCAGCCCUCAACAUGACGGUGGAGUGGCCUUGCAAGUAGCCGAGGCGACGAGGCAAGAUAUUGCGGGACAGAACAUGGAUCCUGAGAAACUUGUCAGAAUGCUUGAAACGAACUUUCCGGGCGCCUAUGAAGUGGAGAUGGCACACAACACAUACUCCCUCAAAGCACCACGGAAACUUUCCAUUAAAUUGCGCGAUGUCGGCGAAGAUUAA